UUCUCAUUAGCCAUUUUGUUCAGUAUCUCUCUGUUUAUUUAUCUCCCCUGUGCUGUAGAGCUUCUAGAUAUCCCUCUGCUUCUUCAGCACUCUAUUUUUUUUUUUUUCACCUUUUUAUCAUAUACGGGAGAAAAAAAGAAGAAGAAGAAAACCCAUUCAAACAAACAGAGAAAGCAUACAUUUUUCACCACUUUACACACAAAAUGGUGGAUUCUUGCCUGCUGUUGUUGCUGAUUUGCUCUGUUCUUGGUCUUGUUUCUGGGUCUUCUAAAGAGCUCCCAAUCAUAUCGUUUGAUGAAGGGUACUCUCCGCUAUUCGGAGAUGCUAAUCUUGCCAUUCUGAAGGAUGGUAAAACGGUUCACAUGUCUCUAGAUGAACGAACAGGUUCCGGUUUCAUCUCUCAGGACCUUUACCUCCAUGGAUUCUUCAGCGCUUCGAUCAAGUUGCCUGCAGAUUAUACAGCAGGAGUUGUCGUCGCGUUUUAUAUGUCAAAUGCAGAUAUGUUCGAGGCAAACCAUGAUGAACUAGACUUUGAGUUCUUGGGUAACAUUAGAGGCAAGGAUUGGAGGAUUCAGACCAAUGUUUAUGGCAAUGGAAGCACCAACGUGGGAAGGGAAGAGAGAUACCACCUCUGGUUCGAUCCUUCUGAAGAUUUCCAUCAGUACAGUAUUCUCUGGAGUGAUAAUCUGAUCAUAUUUUACGUGGACAAUGUUCCUAUCAGAGAGAUAAAGAGGACUGAAGCAAUGGGCGGGGACUUCCCCUCCAAGCCAAUGUCUUUAUAUGCCACUAUAUGGGAUGGGUCGGAGUGGGCUACCAAUGGAGGCAGAUACAGAGUGAAUUACAAAUAUGCUCCUUAUGUGGCAGAAUUUUCUAACCUGGUUCUACGUGGCUGUGCUGUUGACCCAAUUGAGAAGUCACCGAAGUGUGACAAUGGUCCUACUUCUAAAGCAAGUAUCCCCACAGGCAUCAUGCCAGAGCAGAGGAGCAAGAUGGAGAAGUUCAGGAAGACACACAUGACAUAUUCCUAUUGCUAUGAUCGUGUUCGAUACACAGUCCCUCCGUCUGAGUGCGUGGUUAAUACCCAGGAAGCAGAGCGUCUGCGAAGGUUCGACCCAGUCACAUUUGGAGGGCGGCGCCACCACCACCAUGGGAAGCGGCACCAGAGGAACCGAUCAAGCCAAGGCGAGGCUACUACCAUUUAAGAGGCUACCACCAUGGGGGCUGUCAUUUGCAUAAAUUGUCAUAUGGUUAUUGUCAUUGAUUUUCUGUUUGAUUUAGUUGGGUCAGUUUUUUUUUUUUAAUUUUUUCUUUCUGUGAAUAGAGAGAGAGAGAGAGAGAGAGAGGAGGGGGGGAAGAGCACAGAUUUAUUGAAGGGAUAAUGGGGUUUUUAUAUGGGGUACAGUGUUGGGUAUGUAUAUAUUUCAUACCUUUAGAUUCCAGCCAUUCUAUCAUUAUUGAUGUUUGUCACUGGCUUUAUAAAUUGAAUUUGAUGAUGAUUUAUGUACUUGGCACAAAUCCCCCCUCAUGCUUUCAAUAAACAUUUGGCAUAUUGAGUUGCUAUAAAAGCAUCCAUGUUUUAUCUA